AUGAUGGUGGGGGGAAAUGAGAAGGAAAUUGAUAACCUUAGAGAUGUGGAGGUGGAAUUUAACGAAGAUACAGUCACUAUGAACACAACAAAGGGUGAUGAGUUUUUGAGUCAAUUAUAUGGUGAAGAGGAGGAUGCAAAUGAUAACAACCAAGAUGAUGAUGAUGAUGAUGGGGGUGAAGCAAUACCCAUGAAUCAAGAAAAGAGCUUAGAUCAAGAUGAUGGACAAGAGUAUGAUAAGGUGGAACUCAUUCCUAUGGAGGUUGAGGUAUUAGGAAAUGGAGUUGGUGUUCUAGAAGGAAGUGGUGAACAGGUUGGGCAAGUAAAUGACAAUGUUAUUGUUGGCGAGGUGCAAGUGCAAUAG